AUGGGGGGGGGUCUCUCGGUGACGCCGCAGGCGGAGGGGCGGGGCACGGUGACGGUGUCCAACGUCACGCUGACGGGGCGGCGCGAGGACCACGGGCGGGCCCUGGUGUGCGAGGCCGCCACCCCCGGGCUGGGCACGCGCAGCGCCAGCGUCAUCCUCAGCGUCAGCCACCCCCCCCAGGCGCUCUGGCUGGAGGCCCCGCCCCCCAACGCCACCUUCCGCGUGGGGGCGCGCGUGCGCCUGGGCUGCCACGCGCGGGGGGGGCACCCGCCCCCCCGCCUCCUCUGGAGCAAGGACGGGCGGCCGCUGAAGGAGGGGCCGCAGACGUCGGGGGGGUCGGUGGUGACCCGGGAGCUGCUGGUGACAGUGGCCCCCAGUGACAACGGGGCCACCUACCGCUGCGAGGCCAGCGGGGACCCCCCCCUCAGCGCCCACACCCGCCUGCGCGUCCUCUGCUGGAGGGGGAGUCGUUGCCGCUGGCCCCGGGGGCCUUCGGGGGGGGUGACGGCCGGCUCCCGCCUGCGGCUACUGGUGGCCGUGGGGGACCAGGGCCAGCGCGUCACCUGCCAGGCCACCAGCCCCGCCCUGGGGGUGACCGUCAGCGCCGCCCACGUCCUGCUCGUGCGCCACCCCCCCCAGUUCGGGGUGGGGCCGGGGACGCUGGUGGUGGCCCGGGAGCACGAGGGGACCCAGUUGCCCCUGGCCGUGGUGGCCCAUCCCCCCGUGGAGAGCUGCGUCUGGAGCCUGCGCGGCCGCCCCCUGCGGCCCGAGGGGUCCCCCCGCCACCAGCUGGGGGAGGGGAUGUCCCUGGCCAUCGCCAACGUCACCCGGGGGGACGCCGGCACCUACGGGGUGGAGUGUCACAACGCCGAGGGCACGGCCAGCACCCGCCUGCGCCUCCGCGUCCACUGUGCGACCCACGGCGACCCACACAUCCCGCCCCACAGCGCCCCAUGGCACCCUAUGGCACCCUAUAGCACCCUAUAGCACCCCAUGGCACCCUAUGGGGGGGGGUGUCACAAUGCCCAGGGCACGGCCAGCCCCCGCCUGCGCCUCCGCGUCCACUGGGCGACCCAUAGAUCCCGCCCCAUAGCGCCCCAUAGCGCCCCAUGGCACCCUAUGGCACCCUAUAGC